UUUUGUUAUUGCUUUUUCAACCGCGAUUCGUGCAGCAUGUGUGUUCGCGUGAUCUGUUAAAAAAAUAAUGCUUAAAGCACAUCGGUAACCGUUAAAGUCGCCGGGGAAAAAACCAAUAUUGAUACUAACGAAUUUUCGAAUAAUUUUCACAAAACGAUUUUGUGCGCGAUUUUUUCGUCCAGGCUCAAGAGGAGUGCGAGCGAGAAGGAGCGAGACAGUCGACGGUGGCUGCGUGCAAAAUAACGGUGCACCGAAUUCGACCAAAUAAAAAUUGAAAAUAAUCGCCGUGAUUAUUAGAAUUUUAAACUGCCAACUGCAGCUAACGAAUCAACCGAUACGAGAAACCGAUCGAUGUGAAGUGCAAAAACAAGUAGAAAAAUACAAAUAAUAAAAACAAAAACCGGUUCGCCUCUGCAGCAGCAGAAAUCAAAGCCAAAAACGAAAAGAAACAAAAAUCAAAGACAGCGAAAGAAUUUUUGUUGUUUGGCCGGUGCGUAUGUGUUUGUGUGUGUGCGUGCGCGUCUGUGUGUGGGAGUCUGCCAGUGUGUGUGAGCCUCUCGGCAAAGGAGAAAAACGCACAAGUCGGUAGGAAAAAGGCGUACGUAAGGAAAACGAAAAAGAGAGGAAAAAACGCAGUAGGAAUUUCUUGUUUCCCCAAAACCGAAAAAAAAAAAUCCACGUAAACCCGUUUCCCUGCAAACACACAAAAUAUAAAAGGUGAAAAAGUACAAAAAAGAGUAAUAUCUGUGAAAUAAACGGAGGCCGCAAAAAGUGGCACAAGUGAAAAUUCCUGCGCCGUUCGUUUUAUUAUUAUUUUUCUGUUGCCGUCUUUUUGACAAUCGCCAAAAGUGAAAAUCAAUUUGCGAGAGCGCGCGCGCAAGGAGCGAAAAGGAAGAGAGAGAGAGAGAGUGUGAGAAGGAGAGCGAGGAAGAGCAAUCCCGAUAUAGAACUCGUCCUUUUUCGGCCCCAAAAUUACCCAACCCAAAAAAAAGAGAAAGAAAACUGAACGAAAAACUCCCGGAGAAAACAACAACACACAACGAUAAACUGCAAAAGUAAACAAAUUGCGCCGAAACUAAACGAAUUUCGGAAAACUGCAGCCAACGGAAAAAAGUCACAGCCACCACAUGUCUGGCCCUACAGUUUGAGCAGCACUGGGUUCUAAGCAACGUGUGGGACGAAGAGUGAGAAAGCGAACCAUCAUGCGCCAGACUCAACGAACGCAGCACAGCGAAAUGUCCAAACAAAACGGAUUCCAACAGCAGAAGGCCGUAAAAGAAAGCCAAAUAGAUUGGCAAUAAAAAGUUAGAUAAAUUAACUUAGUAGCUCAUCACGCCCAAAGGCAAAUCACUUUGAAGUGCAACCAAAUAAGGAAAGAGCAAAUUAAGCGAAUAGAACGGCUAGAAGGAGAUCUCCCAGUGGAGCGGGAGUAGCUUCGUUUUUUUUUCGUGGACCGUGCGAUAGAAAGCCGUCAAAAUUACGACAUACCACCCACCCACGCCCAAAGUCAAACAGAACCCGGCCAAUACGGACGCCAUGUCCGGGUCGGGUGCGUUUGACGAUGAGCCGCCGCCGGAGCCGCGGGACGGAUGGCUACUGGUGCGCAUCCAUGUGCCGGAGCUGAAUGUCUACAAGUGUCUGCAGUUCCCAUCGGAGCGGCUCGUUUGGGAUGUCAAGCAGCAGGUGCUCGCCUCGCUGCCGAAGGAACUGAAGGAGAGCUUCAACUAUGGCCUGUUUGCUCCACCUGCCAACGGCAAGGCGGGAAAAUUUCUGGAUGAAGAACGCCGCCUGGGCGAUUAUCCUUUCAACGGACCCGUGGGAUAUUUGGAGCUCAAGUACAAAAGGCGUGUGUACAAAAUGUUGACCCUGGACGAACGCCAGCUGAAGGCCCUUCACACGCGGGCCAAUCUGCGUCGCUUUCUGGAGUGCAUCAAUGGCGGACAUGUGGAGAAGAUAGCCAAGAUGUGUGCCAAGGGCCUGGAUCCCAAUUUCCAUUGUUCGGAAAGCGGAGAUACUCCGUUGACAGUGGCCACGGGCGCCAAGAAGCCAAACAAACUGCUCAUCGCUCUGGUCAACGGUGGAGCCUUGUUGGAUUACAGGACGAAGGAUGGCAGCACAGCUCUGCACCGGGCUGUCGAACAUGACUCCUUGGAGGCGGUCAGCACACUCCUCGAACUGGGCGCCUCGCCGAAUUACCGAGAUGGGCGUGGCAUCACCCCGCUGUACAUCUCCAUCACCAGGAAGUGUGAGGCGAAGAUCACAGAGAGUCUGCUGCAUGACCAUGCCACGUUGGGAAUCCAGGACAGCCAGGGCUGGAACGAGGUUCAUCAGGUGGCUGUUAUAGCCGGCAACUUGGAGCUGGCCGAAAUCAUUGAGAACUACAAGUCGGAGGAUAUUGUUCCCUUCCGCGGACCGCCGCGCUACAAUCCGAAGCGACGCUCGGGUAUCGGGUGGUUGAGCGCCAAUGGAGCCGCCGGCGCAGCUCUGCUGGCAGCGGCUGGAGGUGGUUUCGGUGGUGCGAUGGUCGGCUCGAAUGGUGCCGCCAACGGAAACAACGGGGCUGGCGGUGUUGGUCUGAUGCUCAGCCAUCAGAACCACCAGCAGCACCACGCCGGCCACCAUCAGCAACAGCAUAUGCACCACCAGCACCACCAGAAUCACCACCAGCAGCUGCAGCAGCAGCAGUUGCCCCACCUGCACACACUGCAGCUCCACGGCCCGCCAUCGCCCUGCCCAUCGGAGCACAUGCUGGGAGCCUACAGCUCCGCCAGCUCCAGCCUCUCCGAGGGCUCCUCCGGCCACCGGUCCCACGAGGACGACAUCAGUAUUGUGACAGACAAAUCCCUGGGCGAUACCAGCGACAUAAUCAGCGAUUCGUCGGGCGUGGGAACGAACUCGGAUUCGGCAGCAUGUUCCAUCGGGCAUCCCAGCACCACAGUGGUGUGCAUGGAGCCAUAUGCUGGCAAUACCGUGGGUCACAUUCGCCUCCAGCCAGGUGAUGUGAUCGAAGUGGUGGGCAGCACCGACUGCGGAUUGCUCGAGGGCUAUGUGCGAGGCACUAAUCAGUCCGGUUUCUUUCCGGCCGACUGUGUCCAGGAGGUGAGUCUACGCCAGAAGCACAUCACCAAUGUGAUGACCGCCAGCACGGGCAUGGCUCCACAGCAGCAGCAGCAACAGCAUUUGCAGCAGGCUCCGGCAGGCUCAUCAGCCGCCUCCUACCAGGGAUCACCACAGUUGAGCUUGGGUGGACAUUCUGGCAGUUCCAGCACUCUGCUCCAGCAGCCCCAUCAGUCGCCAUCCCUGUCGGUGGCCAGUAAUGGAUCAUGCCAGCAGCCGUUGGAGAGCAAUGAAGGUGGAGCCUCUGGCAAUGGCAUCAACAAUCGAAACAAUAAUCACUCCGUGGGACAGUACAGCAGCGCUACUGCGCCACGCAUCAAAAAGAGCGCCUAUAACGCCCCUCGAUCGGUGGUACUGCAUCGAGCCAAGCGCGGAUUUGGCUUCAUAUUGCGCGGCGCCAAGGCAAGUUCCCAGCUGAUGCAGCUGCGUCCGUCAGAGCGCUUCCCGGCGCUCCAAUACCUGGAUGAUGUGGAUCCGGGUGGAGUGGCGGACAUGGCCGGACUGCGUCCAGGUGACUUCCUGCUGACCAUCAACGGCGAAGACGUUACCUCUGCCUCGCACGAACAAGUGGUCGAAAUGAUACGUUCGGCCGGCGCUUUGGUCAACUUGACAGUGGUUUCGCCACAAUUCCCCCACCAGAUGCAGGCCAGUGCUCAGUAUCUGCCCAGUGGAGCGCGAGCGGGUAGCCACCAUUUGAACAGUGGACCAAGUACUCCUCAAAGUUCGCAUCGUCAGUGCGCCACGUUGCCGAGGAAGAUGACGGGUCCGGGAGGAAGUGGUCCUGGCUCCUCCUCAGGAGGCAGUGUACGAAUGGCUCCGAUGCCACCGCGCAGGGAUCCCAAGACCACGUUGAGUGUAGGCAGAGCCAGGGCCAAAUCCAUGGUGGCUGGUCUUGAAAAUGGAGGUGAGAAGGAGGACGAUUUGCCGCACACCAAAUCCAACUCAGUGGAGUCGAUCGCAACGCCAACACCUACCGGUAUCCAAACGGGACCUGGAACACCCGUUCAGCUGCGCACGGCGAGCAUUAAGGCGCGACCCACGUCUAGUAGGAUCACAGCUGCCGAAUUGGAGGAGCUAUUCCAGCGACAGCAAGGCGAGGGCAGUGCAGCAAACGCCAGUCGGUAUGCCACCAUGAUGACCAGCUCCCGUUUCCAGUCGGGCACGGACAGCGGCGCAGCCACUCCGCCAGCAUCCAAUGGAUCUCCCAUGAGGAGUGGACCGCUGGUGUACGGCAGUGUGGCUGAGAUGAAACGUAAGACAGCGAGGAGCAAGCAUGGUAGUGGCACGCUGCGUGGAAAACCCGUAGCCACACCCACAGUCGGCCCAGGUGGAGCUGGAGGCGGUCGUGACCUCAAACGGUUCCAUUCCACACCCGAUUUGCAUGGUCCUCAGCUGCACGGUUCAGCCUCAUCCAUUUGGCAGGCAUCUGGAAAGGGUCACCACUCGCAGGACGAUGUGGCCACGCUCCAUGCCUCACUCCAACGCUUGAACUCUAACCAAGGAGAACUGAAACUGGGAGGAUUAGGAGCAGGAUCUGCUACAGGAGCGGGAGGAGCGGUACUACCGCCGCCCAAUCACCCACCUCCGCCACCACCAGUGGGUCAGGUUGUUAAAGUGGAAACACGCAGCAGUGUUUCGGAGUAUGAGAGCACCAUCUCCUUACAACAAAAACUAAAGAAGCGAACGGAAAACGAUGCUGUGACCAGUGCAGCCAUCGAUGGCGUCCAGAGCAGCUUCAAUCCCUCGGCAAAUGCCAAGAUCUAUGCCUCGCCGCAGGAACUGCGCAACGUUAUGGCCUGGAAGUUGCGGCAGGCGCAGGAGAAGCCAUCGCAGGAGACAUCCGCUGGAUCCCAGCAGCCAGUUAGUCAGUACGCUGCUCCCACGCAGAUGCGACCAGCACAACAACAGCAGCAAGCACAGCAGCCACCUACAGCAUUGGCCUCUCACUAUGCGGCUCCACAAGUCCAGGUCCAGCAAGUGCAACAGGUGCAGCAGUCACCUCAGCAGUCUGCCCCUCAAUCCCCACCUGCUCCACCGCUGCCACAAGCAGCACCUGUGCCGGCACAAAAUGGUAAUGGCAAUGGCAGUACAAGUGGAGCCGGAUCAGCUCCUCCUAUUCCCGAACCUGACUACAGCUGCAGUGAAUCGGAUGGCGAGGAUGAGAACUCUAUUCUGGUGGCACGGAACACCAAGCUCAACGAGAAGAUUGCACUGUUCGAUGUGCCAGAGACUAGUGGAAAUAGUCAGGCUAGUGGGAGUAGUUCCAACUCAGGCAGUGCCUCGAUUUCUCAUUCCCUAUCUGUGGAGGAGAUCCAGCGCAUUCGCAGCAAUCUAAAGACAUCAAAGUCAUCGCCAAACGGUUUUGCCAAGAAACCGGAGGAGGAGAAACCACAACAAGAACAGCAGCAAUCCCACCAACAACCACAGCAACUUUUGCAGCCAGGCGAAGAUGAGUGCGACAACAGCAGCUCCGGCGUUAGCAGCGAGCAGGAACAGCUGGCACUGGCCGCCGGGGUUACACUGCCAGGUGGUGGUAAGCCCACCGAUACCAUUAAGAAGAAACCAUCGGUGACCAUUGUCGAGGAACCCAAGACUAUUCCCGAUCAGCCCAGCAGCAACACCAGUCACACUACAAAGCCUAUGGCCAAGACCACUAUUAGCAUAGGCGGCGGUGGCAGUGCUGUGCCCACAGCCACACUUACAGUGAAGCAACUUGUGCAACAGCAACAUGCACCCGUUAUCCAACAGCAGCAGCAGCAACUGGGCAGCAAGCAACCAGUGACAGCAGCCAGCACCAACAAGUUUACGCAACAGAGCAAUAUCAACAGCAAUGUGAUGAGUCCCCAGGUUUUGGGGCGCAUUCCCAGCCAUCAUCAUCAGCAGCAGUCGUCGAAUCCCAACCAGAAGUUAAUCGCCACCCAACAGCAGAUACUGCAGCAGCAACAACAGCAACUGGCCCACCAACAACAUCUCCAGCAGAUCCUCAAGGCAAAGGCCGCCGCGGCCGGAGGUGCCAGCAACACUGCCGUCCUAGUGGCGAAGCAUCAGCAGAAACUACAUAAGGGCACCAGCAGUGGCCACGAAUCGGAAAUGGAGACUCGUUCCGAUCUGGAGGAUGAUGACGGAGAUCUGAGUCCCUCGCCGCCGGCCAAGGCGUUCCAGCGUCACAAUUCGCUGACGCGCAAACAGGCAGCGGCAAUUGCCAUGCAGAGAGGUGCCACCAGAACCACGGCAGUGUCCCUUAUGCAACUUCCGCCGCCACUGGAAGCGGACAGCGAUGGAGAGCCGUCACAGCUCACGCUUCAGCGCCAGCAGUCACAUCACCCCUCACAGACACACCCACAUCCCCACCAGCUGCAGCAACAACUGCAACUGCAACAGCAGCAGCAGCAGCAGCAGCAGCAACAACAACCAAUGGCCGCUCACAUUGUGGGCAUGCUGCCCAGCGGACAGUUGGUGGCUGUUGCCUCUGGCGCUGUUGCUGGCGUUCCGGGCGUUGGGGCGACUGCGGUGCAGCAAGGCAACAACAAUCUGCAGCAACUGUGCACCGAUAAUCUGGUGUUGGCACCUCCGCCGCAGUUCUGCGAUUGCAAUGAUGCCAAGCACGCGCCGCAGCCGCAUCUGCCAACGAGCCAAUAUCAUCCACAGCAGCAACAGCAGCAGCAGCAUCAGCAGCAACAACAGCAGCAGCAGCAACUGCAACAGCAACUGCAGCAGCAACAGAUGCUGCAGAUGCACCAGCGGCUGUCCGGGGGCGCUGGCGCUGGAGCGGUGGGCACCUUGGGAAGGGUCCGGAUUGUGGGGGCCAUGCCCAAGGCGAACCACCAUAGGUUGCACUAAACUAAGCCUGGGGAAUCAAAUCAACCGUUUGCCAAAUCGUUAAAUCGUUAGUUAGUGUAAGUCAACAACAGUCAUUGCCACUCACAACGAAUAGCCGCAACUGCCUGCACCCAGAAAAUGAAGCGUGACGACCACAAAUCAGACACAAAUCUAAUUGUUGCCACAUCUGUUCAAUGGCACGAGGAUGUUCGAAUUAGAAUUUUCUUGAUUUCGAAAUCUUAAGUUACUUUUAUUAUAUUUAUUGCGUGUGAUAUAAAUUUAUGCAAGCUGCCCGCGAGCAGCAACUAAUCGCUAUUUGUAAUCAAACAGCAAGUAUGUAUGCAAUAUUUAAUGAUUAGUUAACAGAUACCCAACAUCCUACCAUUGAAAACAAACUGAAAGGCAGCCGCCGGAAAUUCUUUCUCAAUACUGGGCUUUUAGUUUGCUUUCGAGCUGCACAAUGUGUCAAAUGUUAGUGUGGACUUCAGUCCGCAUCCGAUCUUAGUUCGUAAUGUUAGAAGGGCGCCAGCGACAGGCAACUUCAUUUAUUCAGUAUCCAUCCAUUGAUCAUUCGUGUUCGUGUUUGACUAGUGCACAAAACAUUUAAACGACAUUAACAUUACUCUAAUUCACAACUAGUGUAGGUUUUAUAUGCCUAAUGAAAGCAGGGAGGCGGAAGUUGCACCGAGUAACAAUAAUAUUUGAAUUUGAGCAUUUAGCCGAAUUUCCAGUCAAGUCAAGUCAACUAAACUAAACUAACAAAUACUAAAUGAAUAAAACGUAUAAUGUUUUUAAACAAAAUAUUUAUAAAACAAAUAUUUCAAUAGGCGGCUAUUUUAUAAUCGAGCAAAAAAAAAAAAAGAAACAAGAAAGAUCGAAAUUGAAAACAAAACGUAAAUUUUUGCUAGUAAAAUUUACAGAUUUUUACUUUUAAAAGAUUUUUUGUAUAAUUGUUUUUUUAGAGACAAACUUUAACUUGCCAGAAAUAUUACAGAAUAUUAGAGAACGUAAUUGGAGUUGAAGAAGUAACGUAUUGUAUUGAAAGAGGUUCUCAACUAUUUGCCAGCGCUUAAUGCAAAUAUCGUCAUAGGCAACCCAAACUUAUAAAUGCGUUUUCACGAGUAACAAUUAUUAUAACUAAGGCUGAUUUUAUUGCAUAAUACAUACAGAACACAGAAAUCGAACCAGCAUUCGCCUACAUACUGAAUGAAAUAUAAUGAAGAACUAUGAAGAACUCAACUAACCAAGCAAGCGAUUGAUGCAUUUACAUUGUUUAAACAAAAACUCUUUGAGGUAUUGAAAGAAUUGGAUGGAAAUAUAAUGAACUCGUUCGAAUUGGCAGGCCGCUCCUUUAGCACUAGCACCUAAGUGUUGAAAAGUUAGAAAACCUAAAUCUAAACCAUAAACAUAAACAACCGAGAAUAUAUUGGAUACUCUAGCGUAUAACUAGAUUUUAGCACACUUUUUAGUUCUCGCAAUAGUUGCUAAUUAUUUGUAAAUUGUUUUAGUUCCAACGCCCAACCCCUGCGCGUACAUGUAAACAAAUAUGAUUAGCCAUCAAGCUUGUUAGUUUUUAAGUUAAACCGUCUAGUAAAUCCACGUGCAGUGCUCAGUUGCAACUACAUCAUGCAGUUCCCACUUGAUGGGUGCAUGCAACACGAAGACGUGGAGCUGCAAUUGCGCAUAUGUUGGAAACGCUAUAUUGCAGGAUUAUUGAAUAUGCCUAAACCCCAAGAUAAUGUUAAACAAUUAAAGCACACACCACCACACAUACACUUUAAAUGCAAGUAUUUCAAAUGGAAUAAUACGGAAAUAUAUAUCAUAAGUCGUAAAAUAUGCAAUUAUGUAUUAUGAACACUCGUAUGAGAAAUUAAUAAAUAUGAAUGAAAAC